GAAAAGAAUAACAAUAAAGAUAAAAAAAAAUAUAAAAUAACUGACACUAGAAUAGCACUUGGCAGAAAAAAAAAGGAGGAAAGACUUUAGAAGAAUAGCAUCCCAAUUGUCAGGCCUUUGGCAUUUCGAUCUUAGGGUUUGUCUCUUUUCAAUCCCCAAUUCCUUCCAUGGAGAUCGUAAGAAGGCCAUCGCAUGCUGGUUCUUGGUACACCGAUAAUCCUACUAAGUUAGCGGAAGAACUUGAAGGUUGGCUGAGAGAAUCUGGCCUAACUAAAUCUCCUGAAGUACGGGGUGUUAUUGCUCCGCAUGCUGGCUAUUCCUAUUCUGGUCGUGCUGCUGCCUAUGCAUUUGGAAAUAUUGAUCCGACGAGCAUUACUCGGGUGUUCCUUCUUGGUCCGUCUCAUCACUAUUACACCCCAAAAUGUGCUCUUUCAAUGGCUUCAGUUUACAAGACGCCAAUUGGGGACCUACCUAUUGAUUUGGAAGUUAUUAAGGAGCUAAAGGCUACUGGGAAAUUUGAACAAAUGACUAUUCGUGUUGAUGAGGCUGAACAUAGCAUGGAAAUGCAUUUGCCAUAUCUUGCCAAAGUUUUUGAGGGGCACCCUGUCAAAGUAGUACCAAUUUUAGUUGGUGCUGUUAAUGCAGAAAAUGAAGCCAUGUAUGGACAGUUGCUUUCAAAAUAUGUGGAUGAUCCCCAAAAUUUCUUCUCUGUAUCUUCAGAUUUUUGUCACUGGGGUUCUCGAUUUAGUUACACACACUAUGACAAGAAACAUGGGCCAAUAUACAAAUCUAUUGAGGCUUUGGACAAGAUGGGAAUGGAUAUAAUUGAAACAGGAGAUCCAGAUGCAUUUAAAAAUUAUCUGAUGGAGUAUGACAAUACCAUCUGUGGACGACAUCCGAUUAGUGUUUUUCUUCAUAUGCUGAGAGGUUGCUCUACAAAGAUAAAGAUAAAUUUUCUCCGAUAUGAGCAGUCGAGUAAGUGCAAGAGUAUGAGAGACAGCAGCGUAAGUUAUGCAUCAGCAGCUGCAAAGGUAGUUCCUUGAAGAAGAUUUGACAAUUCUUCACUGUGGGAAUUGGAAGGCUCUUCAACUUCAAUAUUUCAAUUUAACUAUUGACGUUUAAUUUCAAAGAAAACAAACUGUAAUUCUUCCCUGUUUGGAUGAAUAUUGUUGCUGAUACUAAUUUUUAAUUAUGGCUUGAAACAAAAUCGUUACUUUGUGUGCUUAAAA